CUCCGAAUGUGCUUUAUUUCCCACGUAGAAUAUUUCAGCUGCAAUAUUUUCUGAAAAGUUUACAUCACAUCUCCUCGUAAAUUAUUAUAAAAAAAUGACAAAACAAAAAAAAUUGUUUAACAACAUAAUCAUAUGAAUGAUAAAAUAUAAAAAUGGAUAAAUUCACUAUCAGUGGACGAAUAGGAGAAGGAGCUCACGGAGUUGUUUUAAAAGCAAUCGACAACACGAAUAAUUGUGAAGUGGCUUUAAAAAAAGUUUUAUUAAAAAGAAUUGAAGAUGGAAUACCAAUAUCGAUUAUUCGUGAAGUGAAGACUUUACAAACCCUAAAACAUCCUUACAUAAUAGAAUUAUUGGACGCAUUUCCUGUUGGUCUUGACUUUGUGAUGGUUUUCGAAUACAUGCCUUCUGGUUUAUGGGAACUGAUAAAAGAUAAUGACAAUCCUCUGACAGAUGCACAAACAAAAGCCUACAUGAGAAUGUUAUUAGAAGGCGUUGCUUACAUGCACUCAAAAAAUAUCAUGCACAGGGAUUUAAAACCUGCUAAUUUGUUGAUAAAUAAAGAUGGAAUUUUAAAAAUUGCCGACUUUGGAUUAUCUCGUUUGAUAUGGGAAGACGUCAGUCGGCCUUAUUCUCAUCAAGUAGCAACUCGCUGGUAUAGGGCACCCGAAUUAUUGUAUGGUGCCAGGUUUUAUUCAGCAGCCAUCGAUAUGUGGUCGGUUGGAUGUAUUUUGGGAGAAAUGCUCAAUAAUGCUCCCCUUUUCCCAGGUGAAACUGAUAUUGAACAAUUAGCAAUAGUUUUGAGACACUUAGGUUCACCAACUAAAGAAACCUGGCCUGAAGUAACUACAUUGCCGGAUUAUAACAAAAUAACAUUCCCUUAUCAUAAGGGUAUAACUUGGGAAGAAGUGAUUCCUGACGCUCAAUCAGAAGCUGUUGAUCUUGUCAGAAAUAUUCUUCUUUACAAUUCAUGCAAACGUUUAACCGCAAGUGAAGCACUUCUUCAUGAAUAUUUUCACUGCGAACCUUUUCCCUGUUCUAAACAAAAAUUAAUUAAACCACCUCAAGGACAUAGAGCUCGAUUGAAGUCGAAGGAAGUUGACGUUAAUGUAAAAUUGACUCAACUUUUUAAGAAUAUAUUAAGCAUUACGUGAUUCUGGCAUUUUUACUUAUAUAAAUAUAAUAAAUAAUUAUUUUUUGACAUCCAUUUUCAAAAUAUUUUGAUAGCAAGUAGAAGACGAAGAUGUAUGUAUAUGAAGAGCUUUCAAUUUACCCACGUACUAAUAGGCCAACAAAAUCCCUGAAAUUUUGACGAGUUUGAGAAUAUAAUCGUAAAUAAAGGUAGAUUAUAGAUCCUCACUGGAUUUUUCAAAUCCAGUGAGGGGAAGAGGAAGGUUACGCAGGUAGCAGUGGAGGAAAUGAUGACUGCCCGUCCGCUUAACCCAAAGCUUUUUUGCGAUUUUAAUAGCGAGUAUCGAAAGUAAGCUAUAGCGGCCGGAGUAGUAGGAUGAGUUAGGGUAGGAGGGGUUAGGGUUGAGCUGAAUGCGGAAAACCCAAGGUUAUGGUUUUCAGAAAAAGAAGUGGAAUGGAUAAGGGAGGUGACUGGAAGAAGAAGGGAAAUACGGUGCAGGAGGUUAAAGAGUUGUGCACCUAGGCUUUCUUUUUCGGAGGAAUAGAGGAGUUGAUGUUCAUAUAAAAAAGAGAAAGUAAGAAGGGCAAAAUUAGUGAUAAGACAGGUUUAGGGACUGGGAAAGAACUUUUUCGCGGAUAAUUUUGGAAAGAGGAUGGAAUUGUAACGGGAAGUCUAACGUGUAAAUAUGAGGAGACAUUUUUGGAAGAAGGGGGAAGUGAGCUGGUUAGAGAGUGUUAGUGGGAGAAAGAGAACAGACAGUGGUGGGAAGAUGGAGGUUGAAAGGGAAAGGUAGUUUAGAACGAAGGGGUUGUAGAAGGAUGGGAAAAGCGCAAUAUUUGUGUAAGAAAGGAGGGAAAGGAAGUCAGGAGCUUAUAGCGAGGAUGAGAUGCGGAUCCGUGGAGGAUUUUAAUAGGUUAUAGCUUUCUAGGGAGAAUAGGAUGAGUGAAUUGUGGAGAUAUGGGUAUGCAAAAGUAGAGCACUAGUUGGAGGACUGUGAGGAGAUUGAAAGCAGUAGGAUAGGUAUGGAGGUAUUGUUGCAUGAAAAGGGGUACAAAAGAGCAGUAGCAUAGGUGAAGGGGGUGUGGGAUAAGAUGCAGACGUAAAUAAGGAAGGAGGAAGAGGAAUGGAAAAGAAAAAUAGAUAAGAUCAGUCUUGCUCGUUGCUGACAGGCCGCACAGUCGCCAUCACUGUUCCUGCCAUAACUGUUUUUGUCAAAUGUCGACGUUUUGAGACCCCCU